AACGAACUGUCAUCACCGCGUUUGACAGGACAGCAGCAGCAGAACGACCAUCUUUCUCCUCUCGGGCAGGAAAUAAGUGCGUGUGUUGAGGGAAAAUUUUCUGGUUUAUAUUUUCCACCCUAAAAUCUUCGAGAUGCUUUCGAGGGCAGCACUCCUGACCGCCGCCAAGAGACCCGCUGCGGUCGUUCUGGCCCGUGGCUCGGCCUCGGCCACCGAUGCCAACCGCCCGGUGCGCGCUGACCAGCCCGGCAAGGUCCGCCUCGGAUUCAUCCCGGAGGAAUGGUUCACCUUCUUUUACCCCAAGACCGGUGUCACCGGUCCGUACGUGUUCGGCGCCGGUAUGCUGACCUACCUGUGCUCCAAGGAAAUCUACGUCAUGGAGCACGAGUACUACAACGGUCUGUCGCUGGCCAUCAUGGUCAUCUACGCCGUCAAGAAGUUCGGACCGGCCGUUGCUGCCUACUGCGACAAGGAAAUCGAUAGAAUCGAGGGCGAGUGGAAGCAGGGUCGUGAGGACAACAUUGCCCAGCUGAACCAGGCCAUCGAGGACGAGAAGAAGGAGCAGUGGCGCGCCGAGGGCCAGACGCUGCUGAUGCAGGCCAAGAAGGAGAACGUCGCCCUGCAGCUGGAGGCCGCGUACCGCGAACGGGCCAUGACCGCGUACCGUGAGGUCAAGAAGCGUCUGGACUACCAGGUCGAGCGCCAGAACGUGGACCGUCGCAUCUCCCAGAAGCACAUGGUCGACUGGAUCGUGAGCAACGUCGUCAAAUCGAUCACCCCCGACCAGGAGAAGGAAACGCUGAACAAAUGCAUUGCCGAUCUGGGUGCCAUCGCUGCCAGAUCCAAGUAAAUGUGUAAACGGCGGUGUUGAAACGGGAGGCGGGACGUGGUGCGAACGCGUAGUGAGUAUCCGAUUCCUGCGAGCCAUUUUCCGAGGAAUGUAAACAACUUAUUGGGUAAAACGAAAAUUAAUAAACCGAAAGCGUUGUCUUGUUAGUGCGACAAA